ACAACAGGGCGGGCUGGGUUACUAAGGAGACGUGAGCUUUGUUGCCUUAGCCGUUAGCUAAGAAGACGGAAAGAGGACUUCUACUCCUGCAUGUUCAGGUCAAAGCGGACACGUGUGAGAUGGCAGAGCUUCAUAUUAUAGGACAUAUAGUCGGGGCUAGUGGUUUUCCGCAAAAUAGUUUAUUUUGCAAAUGGGGAGUUCAUACGGGAGGAGCAUGGCGUCUUCUCUCUGGGCUGAAGGAGGGUCAGACUCAGGUGGACAUCCCUCAAAUCGGUGAAAUGGCUUAUUGGAGUCACCCGAUUGAUCUUCACUAUGCGACCAAGGGACUCCAAGGCUGGCCGAAGAUCCACCUGCAAGUGUGGCACCAGGAUUCAUUCGGCCGCUGCCAGCUGUAUGGAUACGGGUACUGCCAUGUUCCCUCCAGCCCCGGACAUCACCGGAUAAGCUGUGUGACCUGGAGGCCGCUCGGCUCCUGGCAAGAGCAGCUGGCACAAAGGUUUGUCGGCGGAGGCCCCCAGCUGCGCAACCCGGACCUUAUUUACAGUGGGGCGGACAGAUACAGACUGCACACCGAAGCCAUGGGGACCGUCGAGCUGGAGCUGGGAGUCAUCAUGAGACACUUUGACAAAUAUGGCGUCGAGAGCUGAGAUGUCGAAUGUGUGUGUGUGUGCUUUUUUUAAUUACAUUUUUUAUGUUAACGUGAAGAACUUCUAAGACUCACAUAA